AUGGUACGCUGCAGUAGUAGCCGUGGUGUGUUCCCAGGUGUUUUAGUAGCAGUACUCGCCCUGAUUGCGUUGACGCCGGCAGUAGAGGGCAGGUUUGCAAGGCGCUUUCCGUCCGAUUUUCGCUUCGGAGUUGGCAGCUCCGCGUACCAGAUCGAGGGCGGCUGGAAUGCAAGCGGCAAGGGUGAAUCGAUCUGGGACCGGAUGACGCACCGACAUCCGGAAAAGAUUGCGGACGAAAGCAAUGGAGACGUCAGCUCGGAUAGCUACCACAAUUGGAGGAGAGACGUCCAGAUGGUACGGGAGCUUGGGGUGGACGUGUAUCGGUUUUCACUCUCCUGGCCACGCAUCUUGCCAAACGGGUUCCUGAACAGUGUCAGCAAGGCGGGCAUCGCUUAUUACAACAAUCUGAUCGACGAGCUCAUAAAGUACAACAUUACACCCAUGGUGACGCUCUACCACUGGGAUCUUCCGCAUCGUUUCCAACAGCUGGGCGGUUGGAACAAUCCCGAAAUCAUCGGAUUCUUCCAGGAGUACGCGAAGGUAGCGUUUGAGCAGUUUGGUGACCGAGUAAAGAUUUGGACUACCAUCAACGAGCCGUGGCAUGUGUGUGAGCAUGGCUAUGGUGUGGACUUUAUGGCGCCGGCCCUUGACUAUCCGGGCAUUGCGUCGUACCUGUGUGGGCACAAUCUGCUGAAGGCACAUGCGGAAACGGUUCACAUGUAUCGAAGAAUCUUUCAACCGAAGCAGCAGGGUAAGAUUGGUAUCACGCUCGACACAUCCUGGCCCGAACCGGCCACCAACAGUGAGGAUGAUCGUAUGGCUUCGGAAAUUGCAGCCCAAUUCUAUGUUGGCUGGUUCGGACAUCCGAUUUUUUCCGAAACGGGCAACUAUCCGCAGAUUAUGAUCGAUCGCGUCGGUGCGAUGAGUCGCCAGCAGGGCUACACUAAGUCACGACUGCCAACCUUCACCAAGGAGGAGAUCGAACGCAUCAAGGGUACGGCAGACUUCUUCGGCAUUAACUCGUACACGAGUGUGCUGGUUCGGAAAAACGAUCGCAACAAUUCGGCCAACUUCCCGGUGCCGUCCUUCAACCACGAUAUGGGCGUGGUAGAGUCCGCAGAUCCUGACUGGCCAAAGAGUGGUUCCGUCUGGUUGCAUGUUGUACCGUCCGGUAUGAAUAAGCUUCUGAACUGGAUUCGGCGCGAGUACAAGAAUCCGACGGUGUACAUUACGGAGAAUGGUGUGAGCGAUCUUGGCGGGACGAACGAUGUGAAGCGGAUCGACUACUUCAACUCGUACCUGGAGGCCGUGCUGGAUGCGUUGGAAGAUGGCUGCAACAUUCAGAUGUACAUUGCCUGGAGUCUGAUGGAUAGCUUCGAAUGGAAGGCUGGCUACACUGAAAAGUUUGGCCUGUACCAUGUCGACUUUACCAGCCCGAACCGGACACGCACACCGAAAGCCUCCGCCAAGGUGUACGCCAACAUCGUCCGAACGCAUCAGAUCGAUUGGAGCUUCCGGCCUACGCCGGAGGUGUUCAUUCUACCACCGUCCCCGUACCAGUCGAGCAGCAAUCGGUUGAGCAUUACGGUGCCGGUGGUGUGCUUGCUGGUGGCCUCCAUGGGUGCGCUAGUCAAAGUUCUGUGCUGCUAG